AUGAAACCUCUAAUCUAUCCCAUCAACCUUGUCCAGAACAAGAUGUUCCAUGGAUUGCCAAGUGAAGACCCCAUUGACCACCUUGAUGAGUUUGAUAGGCUUUGUGAUUUGACAAAGAUCAAUGGUGUCUCUGAAGAUGCCAUCAAGCUGAGACUCUUUCCUAUGUCUCUAGCUGACAAAGCUCACCAAUGGGAGAAGAGCUUGCCCCAUGGCACAAUCACCACUUGGGAUGAAUGCAAGAAGGCCUUUCUUGCUAAGUUUUUCUCCACCGGUCGCACAGCCAAGCUUAGAGGAGAGAUAUCCAGCUUCAUCCAGCGAAACAAUGAGACAUUCGCAGAGGCUUGGGAGAGGUUCAAAGGGUACACAAGUCAGUGCCCACACCAUGGAUUCAACAAUGAAUCACUACUCUCCACUCUUUAUAGAGGAUGCUUGCCUAGGUAUAGGGAGAUGCUAGACACAGCUAGCAAUGGGAACUUCCUCAACCAGGAUGUAGAUGAUGGCUGGCAACUUGUGGAGAACAUAGCUAACUCAAAUGGAAGCUAUGGAGAAGAGUAUGAUCGCACCAACCGGAGCUCGACCCACCACUCGAUCGAGUCAGACGAAAAGUUGAGAAAAGAUGUUAAGGCAUUGAAUGAGAAGUUGGAUAAGCUGAUCCUAGCUCAGUCCACAAUGAAGAAAGUCAACUUUGUGUCUGCUGAGGAGAUGGAACCAGUCCAAGAAGGGGAGGAUACACAAUUUGCUGAGGUGUGCUACAUGAGCAAUGGGCAAGGAGGUUACAACAAAGGAUACUAUAAUUACAAGUCCAACCCUGCCAUGUCAUACCGCAACACUGAUGUUGCUAACCCUCAGGACCAAGUCUAUCCUCAACAACAAGCAGCUCGAUCGAGUCAAGGCUUCCCCCACCAACCGCCCCAGCCUGCACCUUCACAAGAGAAUGAGCUCAAGGCAAUGCUAAAGCAACUACUUCAAGGGCAAGCUGAUGGGGUAGUGGACACAAGCAAGAAGCUAGCUGAAAUAAACUCUAAGAUCGAGAACCUCAACACAAGGGUUUACUCUCUGGAGAAUCAUGCUUCUUCUGUUGCUGCUGCUACAAAGCAAGGACAACUACCUGGUAAAGCUAUUCAGAACCCCAAGGAACAGUGCAAGGUCAUCUUCACUCAAGAAGGACUUGUUGAAGAAGAGGAUCAAGAAAGGGUCAUUGAAGAUUUUUGUUUACUGCUGAAUGAUGAAGAGAUUGUUGCUGCUGAGGCUCCUGGAGUCCAGAUUGAUCAACCAGAAGUGCAGGCACCUACUGUGGCCAUUCACACUUCACCAGUUGAGCUCGCACGACAAGCUCGAUCGGCAGCUCGAUCGAGUCCAACUCUAGCUCGAUCGAGUCCGACCUCUUCUGUCCCAACCUUUUUGCUUGAUCCUUACCAACCGGUUGCCGCUUCCUCGUCUCGCCUACUUAGUCAAGGUCACAAGGAAGUGAUUCACAAGUUCAGAAGAGAUCUCAGUGGGAUUGGAAUUGAGUUGCCUCUAUGGAUAGCAUGA